AUGGGAGACGUUGCCGUCGAGAACCCGGCGAACAACGUCACGCCUCUCGCUAAGGCAAGCGCGCUCGACGCCCUUGCCAACUUGGAUUCCCUCGAUGGUACAGGAGUUGAUGGAAACGAUGAAUAUGCUACCCUGAAGAGGCUACAGAGACAUCUAGAGUAUAUCCAACUGCAAGAGGAGUACAUCAAGGAUGAGCAGAGAAGCUUGAAGAGGGAGCUGGUGCGGGCACAGGAAGAGAUCAAGCGCAUACAGAGUGUGCCGUUGGUCAUCGGACAAUUUAUGGAGGCUAUCGAUCAGAACACCGGAAUUGUGCAAAGCUCGACUGGUUCUAAUUACGUGGUCCGUAUCCUGUCCACGCUCGACCGCGAGAAGCUGAAGCCCUCAUCAUCGGUCGCCCUGCACCGUCACUCCAAUGCACUUGUCGAUAUCCUUCCCCCUGAGGCCGAUUCCUCUAUUGCGAUGCUGGGUGAGAAUGAGAAACCCGAUGUAACAUACGCGGAUGUCGGCGGUUUGGAUAUGCAGAAGCAGGAGAUUAGGGAGGCUGUUGAGCUGCCCUUGACCCAUUUCGAACUCUACAAGCAAAUUGGUAUCGACCCUCCCCGUGGUGUUUUGUUGUAUGGCCCCCCUGGAACCGGAAAGACCAUGCUGGUGAAGGCUGUGGCAAACAGCACAACCGCUAGUUUCAUCCGUGUCAAUGGAUCAGAAUUCGUCCAGAAGUAUCUGGGAGAAGGACCUCGUAUGGUCCGUGACGUUUUCCGCAUGGCGCGCGAGAACUCACCAGCCAUUAUCUUCAUCGACGAAAUCGACGCCAUCGCCACAAAGCGUUUCGAUGCCCAAACCGGUGCCGAUCGUGAGGUGCAGCGUAUCCUGCUGGAGUUGCUGAACCAGAUGGACGGUUUCGAACAAACCAGCAACGUCAAGGUCAUUAUGGCCACCAACCGCGCUGAUACACUGGAUCCUGCCUUGCUGCGUCCUGGUCGUCUGGACCGAAAGAUUGAGUUCCCUAACCUGCGUGACCGACGUGAGCGUCGCUUGAUCUUCACUACCAUCGCAGCGAAGAUGUCGCUCUCCCCCGAAGUCGACCUCGAUGCUUUGAUUGUUCGCAACGACCCGCUGUCAGGCGCUGUCAUUGCGGCUAUCAUGCAGGAGGCUGGCUUGCGGGCUGUACGCAAGAACCGCUACAAUAUUAUUCAAUCCGAUCUCGAGGAUGCUUAUGCUGUCCAGGUCAAAACUGGACAGGAUGAUGACCGGUAUGUAAUCCCUUGA